AUGGAACUUGAUGGAUGGAUCAAAAAUAAUAAUAUCUAACCUAUUAUUUAUAAAUGUGUGAGUUUUGAUCUUGUUGGAGGAUAUCUUAAUUUAUCACCAAAUGAUAAAUUAGAAAAAUUAAUAGAAAAUUUAUAUCCUCAUUAUUAAAUCUAAGUAUUAAUAUAACUUUGGAAAAUUGAUUCAUGGAAUAAUGAAAUGUUUUUUUUAGAAUUAGAUGGUUAAAUUUAUAAUUAAACCAUUUUGGGAACUACUGGUGUCUAUUCUAUUUGUGGAUCUACUGGAUUAGAAAUGAUUUUUAAUAUUAGAAUUAUAUAACCUCAUUUAUAAUCACAAUGUAAUAUAAUUAUGAGAACUAAUCAUAAUUCUAUUACUACAAAUGCUUCUUGGGGAAUAAGAGCAUUUAAUAUAUAUCUAGCUAAAUGUAUUAAUGGAUGCGAUCAAUGCAUAGGCCCUGUAAAAAUUUAAUGUACUGGCUGUUCAAAUGGAUGGGUCUUUUACAAUAAAAUAUGCACUCAUCGUAUUUAUUUAAUAAAAUAAAAGCACCUCCUAUUUUUUAUUCAUAAAUUCAAAUUACUUAAGUUAAUGAUACAAACUCUGAUGAAAAGAUUCAUAUGGAGAUCAAUCUAUUAGAAGUUAAUUAAUAAAUUAAAACUUAUGGAAAUAUUACACAUUCAGUUUAGAGUAAUAAAUCAAUACUGACAAUCCAAGUUUAUGCUAAAUGUUUUCUGAAUAAAAAAAUUAAUAGCUAACUUUAAAUCAAUAACCUUUACGGUUCUUAAUAAUAUUAAUUUUAACAAAAUUGUUAAUUGCCUUUCAAUUUAGUAAUUUAUAAUGUUGAAUACCAAUUAAGGAUAAUUGGAGAAUAAGUAUUUAUAAUUGAUACAUCUGAUACAAAAUGUUAAAUUUAUUAAGUAGUUUAAUUUGGUGAUGAAUUUAUUCAGUUAAAAAUUUUAGAUAUAUUUAUUGAAGAUUUUUGA